CUAAAUUCGUCCAAAAAUACGAAAAUAAAAAUCUACAUUUUUUAAAAUGGAACAUCGCUGAAUAAACUGAAGAAAAUCUAUAAAGCCAAUUUUGAUAUGGAUGCUGAAGAUGAAGAUAAAAAUAAAAGUACUGAAGAUGAACUGUAUUUGGAUCCCGAAACGUGUAACUUACAUGAUGAAACGAAUAAUAUACCAAAACAACAAAAUACUAACACAGAAUGUCAGCAUAAUGAAAAUUCAUCAUUAAAAGAGAACGAAAAACCAAUAUCACCAAAAAAUAGUGGUAAUGAAAAUGAGUACUUCGCUAAUGAAGAUGAGCAAAAUGAAGAAGAUGACGGUGAUGGUGAUUUGCAUAAUUUUAUUACAUGUCAGUCAUCUUUAGAAAUACCUUACGCCGAUGAGACAGAAGACUCCCUUAAGUCAUCAUCAGUAGAUGCCACAAAACCCACGGAGUGUGAUUCUAUUUGUGAUAUAAUUUCAACAAGUUUGAAUGACUCGAUUUUAGAUAAUAAUAGCAAAAACUUUAUAUCAGCCACAUCAGGUGAUAAUGAUUUAUUAGGAAUUAAGCCUAAUCAACAAGAUCAUCAGGUGCAGCAGCAAACUUCUCCAUGUUCCUCUAUAUGUACCGGUGACGAUAAUGUUUCACCAUGUUCCUCAUCUGGUGGAAAUUGCUCUGGCGUGCGUCGAAAAUCUAAGCUAAAUAAUGGAAUUGGCAGCGGGGAUUUAUCGGCAAAUGGUACAAAAAAAAAGGUCAAAAAUACGAAUUAUGGUAUUAUUCCCCACAGUCUUAGUAACAGUGGAGUUACUAAAAAAUCUUCAUCAUACAGUGGGUGCGACGACUCCUCUGAUUAUUUUAAUAUAUGGAUAUCAAGAGAGAAUUUCGAAAAUGUUCCUCCAGAAGUUAGUUUGGAAGCAGCUAAUAAUUCCCUUGAAAGUUCGCAAAAAUUAUCUGAUGCUGCUGUUACAAUGAGCCCGCUCGUAGGAAUAUCACCAUCUAAUAACACAACUUUAGCCAAUAAAAUGCACCGUCCAUUAGAGCGUUCUUGGCCUCCAAAAAAUUCCAAUUUGAACAUAGUGAAAAAAACAAAUUUCAGCGACCCUGGGGCAAUGUCUUUGGGUGGUGAUGUGUUUAAAUUCGAUAUUAUUGAUAUGGAUGAUUCUGACGAAAUUUUUACAAUUACUAAAGAUGACUGCACAGAUAAUAGUGCAACAUAUAGACUGAAUAUGAGUACAGACAACAAUGCAAACGGAUCUUUGUUAAACGGAAAAUUCGAUUUAACAGAUCAUACCAGUCGAAAUAGAUUGUCAUUAAAAAUGUCUCCAACUUCAUCGAUAGAUUGUUCAAAUGAUAUUUGUGGUGCAUCCAGUACUCACAUAACAUUAGGCAAUCCCUCCAAUUCACCAAACAGCUGUACGGAACAAGUAAAAUUUAAACCCUUAUUAAAGAAAAAAAUCGGUCCAGAUAAUUAUAUAAAUACAAUUUUAACACGUAAAGUGCCAGCUAGUGAAAUUAGUUAUGAGUUUCCUAUAUUGACUAAUGAAGCCAUUGGUAGUGACACAAUUCGGCAACACCGCCCCUUGACUAGAACUUUAUCUAAUGGUAGUAAAUAUAAGCCUUCAAUACAAAGUUUAUCAGAUUCGACUAAUUUUUAUGGGUCACGGAUUUUGCAAAGAAGUCCGCCAUCGGGGUCCUCAACACGUAGUGCUUCGCCUUUGGAAUUGUCUUCUUUAUCUGAACCUGGUAUAACAUCACCAGUAUCUCAAUUGUUAGGUCCAACAAAACAAAUUUUGAGACCCCAGCCAAGGUUACUUACACGAAUUGGCGGGGCAGGUGCGUCGACAAGUAGUUUUGGAACAUUAAACGGUGCUUCUGGGAAUGUAAAUUUGGUAUGCCCACCUACGCCAACGCAUCAUGCACGUAGACAGAAACUUAACCCAAGUGUUGACGUUAUUCAAACAAAUACUACAUCAGAUGAAAGUCCAAUAGAAUUGAGUUUGCUUGAAGGAGCUGCUUCAAAUGAGAUACUUAAUACCAUGAUUCCUUCAAACCCAAUCGAGUAUGGAAUUGAACAAUCCAACCAUUCAGAGAUGACGAACUCUCACAAUGUUAAUGAUUCAGAAGUGAUUCAUAUAUCAAGUGCAAGGCUGCCAUCAAUUCCAGAAAGAAGUGCUGGUAUUAGUCGGGGAAUACUGCCAGAUACUGAAGAUCCUCUGCCACCAGCUUGGGAAGCUAGAAUGGAUUCCCAUGGUCGAAUAUUCUAUAUCGAUCACACAACACGCACAACCAGUUGGCAAAGACCUGGUUCAACUGGGCCAGCGAGUGGUUUAGCAGGAGGAAGAGAUCAACAUCGUCAACAGUUAGAUCGUCGGUAUCAAUCAAUAAGACGCACAAUUACUAGCGAAAAUCGUUCAUCAGGAGAUACCACUCGUAGUUUCAAUGUUUCUGAUUCCGAACGGAUGCAGUUAAAUGGAACACAUCCUGCUGUUCAAAUGCUAUGUAGACCUGAUUUUUAUUCAAUGUUGCAUACAAAUGAAGAAGCUCUUUCAAUAUAUAAUCGAAAUGCUGCCCUAAAACAUAUGGUCAUUAGAAUACGCCGCGAUCCAAAUAGUUUUCAACGUUAUCAAUAUAAUAAAGAUUUAGUCGGUUUAGUCAAUUCAUUUGCACAAAUAAAUAAAGAUUUGCCAGCUGGCUGGGACACGAAAUUAGAUCACUCUGGCAAACAAUUUUUUAUUGACCAUGCAAACAGAAAAACAUCAUUUAUGGACCCCAGGUUACCAAUCGAAUGUCCACGUAUAAGACAUAGACAACCGGCUAAUGAAGUCAAUGAAAUUGCUCCAAUUCCGCCACCACGACCACCAAAUUCCUUACCAAGAAGUAAUAUGCAACAAGAUAAUCCUGAAGUACCAGUUGCUUAUAACGAAAAGGUAAUUGCAUUUCUCCGUCAACCAAAUAUUUUGGAAAUUUUAAGAGAGCGUCAUAACCAAGUAACGAUCUCAAGAUCCUUACGCGAAAAAAUUAAUAUUUUAAGAGUUGAAGGUAUUCCCGCACUUGAAAGACUAGGUCAUGAUUUGCAGCUAACAAUUCUAUUAAGUUUAUUUGAACAAGAGAUAAUGAGCUAUGUUCCAAUUGAAGAGAGAAGUCCACAAGGUUCACCAACCUUAAAUAAUUCUAGAGUACCUCAAAGAGCACCGCCACCAUUUAGACGUGAUUUUGAAGCGAAAUUACGAGGUUUUUACCGAAAACUAGAAUCCAAAGGUUAUGGUCAAGGACCUCAUAAAUUAAAACUUCAUAUUCGAAGAUCUCAUUUAUUAGAAGACGCAUUCCGUCGGAUAAUGUCUGCCAAUAAAAAAGAUUUACAACGAGGACGUCUAGCAGUUCUGUGGGAUACAGAAGAAGGUUUAGAUUACGGUGGUCCAUCAAGGGAAUUUUUCUUUUUAUUAUCACGAGAGCUAUUCAAUCCUUAUUAUGGUCUAUUUGAAUAUUCAGCAAAUGAUACUUAUACUGUUCAAGUUUCUCCAUUAUCACAAAUUGUUGAUAAUUGUCACGAUUGGUUUCGAUUUAGCGGACGUGUAUUAGGUUUAGCUUUAGUUCAUCAAUAUUUAUUAGAUGCAUUCUUUACUAGACCAUUUUAUAAGGCUUUAUUAAGAUUACCAGUUGCGUUAAGUGAUCUAGAAUCACUUGAUAAUGAAUUUCAUCAGUCAUUACAAUGGAUACGUGAUAAUGAUAUUGGAUCUGGUGCUGAUUUAGGUUUAACAUUUUGUGUUACAGAAGAAUUAUUAGGUCGGGUUGUUGAACGUGAAUUAAAACCGGGUGGUAAAAAUAUUAUAGUUAAUGAAAAAAAUAAAAAAGAAUAUUUAGAACGUAUGAUUAAAUGGCGUUUAGAGCGUGGUGUACAAGAACAAACAGAAUCUUUAGUACGAGGUUUUUAUGAAGUUGUUGAUUCAAGAUUGGUAUCAGUAUUUGAUGCACGUGAAUUAGAAUUAGUGAUAGCUGGAACAGCUGAAAUAGAUAUUAAUGAUUGGCGUUUAAAUACAGAAUAUCGUAGUGGUUAUCAUGAUAAUCAUCAAGUUAUUAUUUGGUUUUGGCAAGUAAUUGAAAAAUUUACAAAUGAACAACGUUUACGUUUAUUACAAUUUGUGACUGGUACAUCAAGUAUACCGUAUGAAGGAUUUUCAGCGUUAAGAGGAUCAACUGGACCAAGACGAUUUUGUAUUGAAAAAUGGGGUAAACCAAAUGCAUUGCCAAGAGCGCAUACAUGUUUUAAUCGAUUAGAUUUGCCACCAUAUCCAACACCAGAAACUUUAUACGAAAAAUUGUCACUUGCCGUUGAAGAAACUAAUACAUUUGGAAUAGAAUAAGGAUUUUUUUUUUUGAAUUUCGUUUUCUUUUAAUUUUUGUUUUAAAUCGUUAAAGAUUUAUUGUUUAAAAUGCAAUUUUUUUUUUUCAAUGUUUAUUAUCUGUUACUUAAAUUUUUAUAGAUAAUACGAAAUAAACAUUAUUAUUAUAUUAUAUAAAUAAACUAGAUCAUAAUUUAGUAUAUAAGUAAAAUAAUUUUUUUUUUUUAAAUAUGCCAGUUUCUUAAAACUUUAAGUAAAUUAUUUUUAAUAAUCAAGCUAGAAAAAGCUUAAAAAUAAAACCGAAGAAAAUAAUGUAUGGAUGAUGGUAUAUUGAGUGUUAUUGUUUUAUGGAAUGAUUAAAGUUUUAUUUAUUUUAUACAUAAAUGUGAGGUGUUUUUGAUUAGCUUUUAAAUAUUUAUUUUAAAUAUGUAAAUUAAAACUUAUUUAUUUGUAAAAAAUUUUUUUCUUUAGAAAAAAAAAAUGUAAGAUAAAUAAAAAAACAAAAAAAGAGAAAUAUUUAAAAAACAAAACCGAAAAUUGGU